AUGGAAAGAUUGCUACGUAUUGGGGAAGAACGUGGAUUUCCUGGCAUGAUAGGCAGCAUUGAUUGUAUGCACUGGGAGUGGAAGAACUGUCCACACGCAUGGAAGGGGCAGUAUCAAGGAAGAGAAGGAGUUGCAACUCUCGUACUGGAGGCAGUUGCGGACAGAGAUCUAUGGAUAUGGAAUUCGUUCUUUGGGAUGCCAGGUAGCUGCAACGAUAUUAAUGUGCUUCGUCGAUCCCCUGUGUUCGAAGACGUCUUAGAGGGUCGAACACCUCCUGUGAACUUCGUAGUCAAUGGUCAUCAUUAUACGAAUGGGUAUUAUCUUACUGAUGGAAUCUACCCUAGAUGGGCUUCUUUUGUGAAAUCCAUUACGAGUCCACAAACUUGUCAGGAUCGUUUAUUCGCAAAACACCAGGAAGCUGCAAGGAAAGACGGUGAACGCGCAUUUGGGGUCCUUCAAGCUCGUUUUGCCAUUAUUAAAAAGCCGUCUUUGGCGUGGGAUACCGACAUACUCCACAAUAUCAUGCUCGCCUGCAUCAUAAUACAUAAUAUGAUCGUUGAAGAUGAACGAGAGACGUAUCAAAAUAACGUUAAUACCAAUGAGUUUAUGAAUGCUGGAGGCAACGCUAAUGAGGAUACUACCGAGUACCGUACUGAUCGUAUUGUGGAUAUCGGCUUAUACUUGUCUCGUAGAACAGAGAUUGAGGAUCAACAGACUCAUUUGCAGCUAAAAAACGACUUGGUCGAACAUAUAUGGAAUAAAUUUGGUAACAACGAAAACUUAGGCAACUAG